UUCCCAAAGUGCAUUUACCUUCACCAGACCCAAAGGAAGAGGAAAGCGACUGCGGGAAAGAAGAGUCGGCGCAGGACGAGGGGAAAGAAAGAGGGAAGUCUGAGCCCGGGAUCGCUCGCAAACAUGAAACCCUUCACCUGGAUCAGCUCCCUGUCCUUCCUGCUGUUCGUUUGCCCUGGAAGAGCCGAGCACAGGCAAAUCAGACAGAUCUCUGCCGGGAACCUGGCAGGUGUAUGUCGCUAUGGCAGCAGGCUGGAGUGCUGCUACGGCUGGAAGAAAAACAGUAAAGGCCACUGUGAAGCCCAGUGUGAAUUCGGCUGCAAGCAUGGAGAGUGUGUCGGUCCAAACAAGUGCAAGUGCUUCCCAGGCUACACUGGAAAGACGUGCAGUCAAGAUUUGAACGAAUGCGGUCUGAAGCCUCGGCCGUGUGAACACCGCUGCAUGAACACGUUCGGCAGCUACAUGUGCUACUGCCUGAACGGAUACACCCUCAUGCCCGACGGCUCCUGUGCAAACUCCAGGACGUGCGCUCUGGCUCACUGUCAGUACGGCUGUGAGGAGGUUGAGGGGGAAAUCCGCUGCCUGUGUCCCUCUGCUGGCCUGCAGCUCGGCCCAGACGGGAAAACCUGCGCGGACAUUGAUGAAUGCGUGACCGGAAAGAACCAGUGUCCAUACAACCGGCAGUGUGUCAACACCUUCGGGAGCUACUACUGCAAGUGCCAGGGGGGAUACGACCUCAAAUACGUCAACGGCAAAUACGACUGUGUGGACGUUAACGAGUGCGUGUCCAACACGCAUAAAUGCAGCCGCCAUGCAGAGUGUAUAAACACACAGGGGUCCUACAAGUGCAAGUGCAAGCAGGGGUUCCGCGGCAGCGGGUUCGACUGUUCAGUAAAGCCUUUUUAUCGCAGCUCCUGGGACGGAGACAAAGGCAGUGCAGACGAGUUUCCUAAUGCGAUCCCAGAUACUCCCUCCAGGCCUCGCAUUCUCGGGAAGUUUGACAACACCAUCCCGGAGCCCAAAGUGACCCAGCUACCCAGGCUUCGUCUGCAGCCGUUUGAUUACGAUGGAGAAGUGUACAUCGGGCCUUCUGAGGAAGACGCUCCAGUUUUCCCCAGCCAGGAAAAAGACGAGGAGGAAGAGGAGGAAGAGGAGGAGGAGGAGGACGACGGUGAGAACGAGGGGAACCAAGUGGAUGGUGAGAAGUUGAACCCCAGAGGAGAUGUGUUCUUUCCAGAUGAGUCCGUCUACAGUGCAGAGUUUAAGGAGAUCAAUGCGGCUCCUCUACAGGAAAGACUGCUGACCGACUGUAACUUUGAUUCGGGAGCAUGUGAGUGGGUGCAGGACAAGGAGGAUGAUCUGGACUGGACCGUCCAAUACCACGAGAACGGACUGCAGUACUACAUGGCCCUCAGUGGGCUUGUGGGUAAUCGGAGAGAAAGUGCCAGGCUGCGGCUGCUCCUCACCGACCUCGUCCAGCAGGGCCCAUUCUGCCUGAAAUUCAGUUUCCGAAUCGCAGGCCCGCAGGUGGGAACCCUACGCGUGAUGCUGGACCACAGUGACCACGCCGUGUGGGAGAAAGCACACAGCCGUAACGAGGACUGGCAGACCGACAGCGUCACCAUCACCUGGAAGGACAGAGCACCUGAGAUGAUCAUCUUUGAGGGAACGCGUGGGAAGCUGGUCGCUGGAGAAAUUGGGCUGGACAACGUGGUGCUGAUCUCAGGAAGCUGUCAGGACGAUGAAGCCGUCAUCUUUUAGAGGAGAUAUCAGAAAAGAUAAAGAAAGAACAUACCGGAAUGUCAGCGUUACUGGCUUGAUACAGUACAGUAUGAGUACAGUAUGAUAUGAUGUUUGUUAAAACGGUGCUUCUUCGUGUGUUUGUGUGUGUUUUUCUGAGCUUUAUCCUUUAAUGGUGCUCGUUGUGGAGAAUGAGGUGUCCAGCGAUGGUCAGCUGCAAUGAGCCUCAUGUUCUGUAACAACUACAUUUUUUAAAAUCAUACAAAGCAGCGUUUUGCUGUCGCUCAGUGUUCAAAGACACUAAGUAGCAAAAGUACUGAAGCCUUCAUGAAAAGCUUGCUGUGAUAAAUUAAUCUGCAAUAUGAUUAUCAACAUUAUUCUUCGUUCAUCCUGAAAGUUAUAAGAUAAAUAUCCACUGUUUGUACCAUCAAAACUGUAAAAUUAUAGCUGCUGUAAAUUUUGCCUUCACAUAUUAAAAUUUUGUUGUUUUUUUAAA